AGAAGAAGAGAAAUUGAAUUAAUCAAUCCAAACCAAAAUCCAAAAAAAAAAAAAAAAAUUCAAAACCGUAACCCUAAUCUCAUCAUCUCUCACGCCUCUGCAUUUCGCCCGAGAAAAUGGAUGCGAUCGGAGUCCUGAUGGUGUGUCCGAUGUCACCCUACCUCGAGCAAGAGCUCGAAUCCCGAUUCAAGCUCUUCCGCUUCUGGAACUUCCCUCAGAAGAAGGAGUUUCUCAAAGUCAACUCUUCUUCGAUCCGAGCCGUAGUCGGCACCGCCACCGCCGGCGCCGACGCCGAUCUCAUCGAAUCGCUUCCGAGUCUGGAGAUCGUCGCGAAUUUCAGCGUUGGAUUGGAUAAGGUUGACUUGGUGAAGUGUAAGGAGAAGGGAAUUAGGGUUACCAAUACGCCCGACGUGUUGACGGAAGACGUGGCGGACUUGGCGAUCGGGCUCAUUCUGACGACGCUGAGGAGGGUUUGCGAGUGUGAUCGGUAUGUGAGGAGUGGGUUGUGGAAGAAAGGGGACUUCAAGUUGACUACAAAGUUCAGUGGCAAAUCAGUAGGCAUUAUUGGACUUGGCAGAAUUGGGUUAGCAAUUGCCAAGAGAGCAGAAGCAUUUGGCUGCCCAAUCAGUUAUUACUCCAGAUCACAAAAGCUAGAUUCAAAAUACAAAUAUUUCCCAAGCGUCAUUGAGUUAGCCUCCAACUGUGCUAUUCUGGUUGUUGCGUGUCCUCUAACCGAUGAAACUCAUCAUAUCAUCAACCGCAAAGUCAUUGAUGCAUUGGGUCCUAAGGGUGUCCUCAUCAAUAUUGGGAGGGGUCCUCAUGUUGACGAACCUGAGUUGGUAUCUGCUCUGAUUGAAGGCCGGUUGGGUGGUGCUGGACUUGAUGUGUUUGAACAUGAGCCUGAAGUACCCGAACAGCUCUUUGGGCUUGAUAAUGUGGUCCUCACCCCUCACGUAGGAAGUGGAACUGUGGAAACCAGCAAGGCCAUGGCUGAUCUUGUGAUUGGAAACUUGGAGGCUCACUUUUCAAAGAAACCACUGUUAACUCCAGUGGUUUAAUUGUGUUGUAAUUGUAGUGAAAUGGAUGAUUGAUUGGAG